AUGGAUCAGAUGAAACCCGUUGCAAUAUGUUUGGAUGUCAACCCAACGAGUUUAGAUGUAGUAAUAAAAAAUGUAUACUCAAAACUUGGGUGUGUGAUGGUUAAGAUGAUUGUGGUGAUAAUUUUGAUGACCAGAACUGUGAACAAAGAGUAUCGGAUUCUUGCUGUUUGUAUAGUGAAUUUGAGUGCAGAAAUAAAGAGUGCAUUCCAAAAUCAUUCCAAUUUGAUUCUCAAAGUGAUUGUUCAGAUGGAAGUGAUGAAAUUGGUUGUCGUAAUGUUCAUAACAACAUGCAAAGCUGUUGGUGUACCAAUCCCAGAAAUAUCAUGGCGAUUGAACUGGGGUCAUGUUCCAACAAAAUGUGAAAUGAAUUGUGUUAAUGGACUUGGUACACUCACUUGUCCUAAUAUUCAGGAAGCUGAUCAAGGUGCUUACAGUUGUGAAGGUAUCAAUAUACAUGGUUCCGAAAUAGCAGUACCAGACACAAUAUUAGUUGUAAAACGACCUAAUUUAGUUCAACCAAGCGCAUGUCCUAAAGGAACCUUUAAUGAUGUAGCUUUAUCUCAAAAUGAUUGUAUAAACUGUUUUUGUUUUGGAAUAUCAAGUAAUUGCAGAAGCUCCAAACUCUUCAAGAUUCAGAAUACACCAUCAUUGUAUCAACUUAGAAUAGCUAAUGUUUAUAUAGAAGCUUCUUCAUUUGGAGUAGAACUACAAUCAGCAAGUUCUACUGCUCAUCAAAUAAAUGUUAAUGGAAAUGAAGCUUUACAAGUGUUUACAGUCAAUAAUACUUCAAAGCAAUCCGAAGACACAUAUCCAUACUUCAAAUUCCCAAAAAGCUAUUUAGGCAAUCAGCUCAAAUCUUAUGGGGGAUACAUAACAUACAUAGUUAGGUACGAGGGAAACGGAGAUCCAAUUACAUUCACACCAGACAUUAUUUUGACUGGAAAUGGUGUUAAACUUCUGUACUUUGGUCCAGAAACACCAGUAGGCAUAGACACAGUUGUAUCAGCUAGAUUAUUUGUUGAUGUUUGGAAAAAAGAAAGUACCGACAGUUAUUCUAAUGGACUAGCAACCAGGGAAGAAGUUAUGAUGGUUUCAGCUAAUGUAGAAAAUAUUUUAAUCAGGGGUCAGUAUGUUUCUCAACAAUCUGAAACAAACAUAAAACACAUAAAAAUGGAUUCUGCACAAACAAUGAAAAGUGUAAAUGACUAUGUAGCAUUUGUUGAGGAGUGCCAAUGUCCAGCAGGUUAUACUGGUCUAUCAUGUGAA